GCGGUACAUCUCAGACGGUAGUAGGACUUUGUCAGAAGGGAUUACAGGUUAAAGGCAGAACGCAGGAUUUAAAAUUUUAAUUUACUCAUAGCCAAGAGUUUAGUGUUUCAUUUUAAUUCAAAUUAGUACUUUUACAACCAAAAGAAACUUGAAGGAUUACCUUGUGAUCUACAACCCUCGACUGUUUUCGCAAAGUGUGAAGUUAUCGCCAUGGCUGUGUGCUUGGCGUCUCCGUGCGGUUUGCUAUCGGACGAGGAAGAGGGUGGAGCCGCGGUGUUUGAGUCUACGGCGGCGGACGUCGGGGGCCUGAUGGGAACGCGCUUCCUUGGGGCAACCAUGCCAGAGGUUUCUCUCAUCUCCCAAAGCCUGGAGCCCCAGACACCUCAAAGAGAGACAAAGUCUGGGGCUGACAGGCGUGGCAGCACUGAGGAAGACGCGGGCUCGGAGAAGGUGAAGGUGUACCUGCGCAUCCGUCCGCUGACCGAGGUAGAAAAGGAGAGAGGAGAACAGCAGGGGUGCGUUUUCAUGCAGGACAAGGAAACCCUGAUGCUGAAAGCACCGAAGAACUCCUACAACAUGAAGAGCGCUGAGAGAGGAGUCGCCCCCAACGUGCACAGGUUCACCUUCUCCCAGAUCUGUGGUCCAGAGACGAGCCAGCAGGAGUUUUAUGAGCGCACCAUGAAGGACAUGGUGCGGGACGUGCUACGCGGGGAGAACCGGCUGCUUUACACGUACGGCGUCACCAACUCCGGCAAAACCUACACCAUCCAGGGCAUGGGCCGAGAGGCUGGGCUCCUCCCCCGGGCGCUGGUCUCGGUCUUUCGGAAGCUGCAGGGGCGUCUGUACAGCGCUGUGGACCUGAAGCCGGUCCUGUGCCAGGAGGUCCGCUGGCUGAACAGCAGCGAGGUCCGGAUGGAGGAGAUCCGCAGAGACUUGCUGCUGAAGGAGGAGGCGAGCUCAUCGUCCCAGAAUUCCCGGCCACAAGGCAGCGUCAGCGUCAGCUGUGACAGCGGGAUCGGGGGUCUGUCUGCGACCAGCUACACCGCCAGUCAGAUGGAGGAUUCGGACAGCGUGUGCCUGGAGGCGGACGGCCUGUACCACAGCGGGGGGGAGGGGCUAGAGGACGGGGUGCGCUUUUCUGUGUGGGUGUCCUUCUUCGAGAUAUACAACGAGUUCCUGUACGACCUGUUGGAGGCCCCGCCCUCACUGCAGCCCCGCAAGAGGGCCACGCUGCGCCUGUCUGACGAUCGCCAUGGAAACCCCUACAUUAAAGAUCUCACCUGGGUGCAGGUACAGAGUGCCGAGGAGGCCUGGAGGAUUCUGAAGAUCGGCCGCCGCAACCAAAGCUUCGCCUGCACUCACCUGAACCACAACUCCAGCCGCAGUCACAGCAUCUUCUCCAUGAGGAUCCUGCACAUCCACCCUGAGAAUGACUGUGGAAAGGGCACCCGUAUCAGCGAGUUGUCGGUGUGUGACCUCGCGGGGUCGGAGCGCUGUAAGGAACAGCGCAGCGGAGAGCGCAUGAAGGAGGCCAACAACAUCAACACCUCCCUGCACACGCUGGGGCGCUGCAUUACUGCGCUGAGGAACAACCAGAGCAACAGGUCUCGGCCCCCCCAGGUGGUGCCGUUCAGGGACAGCAAGCUGACGCGCGUGCUGCAGGGCUUCUUCAGCGGGCGUGGCCGCUCCUGCAUGGUGGUCAACAUCAACCCCUGCGCCUCCACCUACGACGAGACCCUGCAGGCGCUCAAGUUCUCCGCCAUCGCCACGCAGCUGGUACACGGUCCGUCCACCAAGACGCGGGUGGCCUACAUCCGGUCCCUGCUGCGCGAGAACCAGCAGAAGCCCAACGAGAGCACGCUGAUCGAGGAGGAGGAGGAGGACAGCGAUGAGGAAGAGGGAGACAUCACCAUGUUCGACUCAGAGGCGCUGCUGCGGGCCAUCGACGUGCUGAAAGGGGAGGUGCAGAGGCAGCGGCAGCAGCAGGAGGAGCUGGAGGCCAGCGUGAGGGAGCAGGUGUGCAGCGAGAUGAUGGAGAUCAUCACGCGCAUGGAGACCGAUUUCAGCGAGACUCUGGACACACAGAGGGCGCUGGUGGAGGAGAGGUACGAGAACAAAAUCGAAAACCUGCAGAAAAGCCUGAAGAGGUACUACAGCCAGGAACUGGAGGAGCGGGAUGAACAGAUCGCUCGCCUGACAGCGGAGCUGAAAGAGAGGAGGGAGUCUGUGGACGCGCCUCCCGUCACCCCGGCUCCAGAGGCGCCUCCUAACCCAGAGGGGCUCCGUCGCUCCCGGCGACUGGCCUCCACCUCCUUCUCCUGUUCCUCCUCCUCCUCCUCCUCCUCCUCCACCCUCUCCCUCCUUCAGACCGGGGAGCUGGACAAGCUGCGGGUGGAGCUGGAGCAGUGCCGCGCCGAGCUGCAGGAGAAAACGCAAGAGCUGAGGCGUUACCAGGGGCUGCUCUCCCUCCCCGCUCCCACCGGCACUCUAACGGCUGCUGUGGACCGCAAGCUGGAGGAGGGCCAGAGGGGCCUGCGACAGCUGCGUGCGGACCUGCAGCGCGUGGGCGCCGGCCUGCAGGCGGCGGAGAGGGCCUGCUGCCGCAACACCAGCGGGGAGAGGCUGCGGCAGGCGCUCGGCACCGCCGACGACACGCUGGCCAAACAGGACCAGGCGCUGGUGGAGCUGCAGAACAGCCUCCUCCUGGUGAAGAUGGACCUCCGCAAGAAGACGGACAGCCUGGCGCAGCUGCAGCCGCUGCGGCCCCUGACGGCCCCGCCCGCCCCGGGGUCCUGCAGGAAGAGGGGCUGCGAGGGAGCGGGCCCCAACGCCGAGAACCUGCACCCCGAAAAGCGCCCCUUCUUCCGCUCGCUGUUCCCAGCGCGCACCCCGUCCAGGAAGGGCCCUCCGGUGCACACCGCUUCCUCCCCCAACACGCCCUACGCCCGAGCCCUGCGGCCCCGUCAGCAGACCCCCCUCACCAGCCCCAGCCCCCUCCGGCGCAGGGUCAACUACUGACACUUUGAGGGGCGUGGGUCAGAGACUGUACCCACCCCUGCAAUCUUCCCCUGACUUGCCCCGUGUCCUUAUUUGGGCUUCACUGUAGAAGAUGAUGAUGAAGAUCGUCCAGAACUCACUCACUGCUUUCAUGGAUCAGCAGUCAAGAUGUCCCAUCAAGUAUAUUUUUUUAACGCUGGCUUAAAAUUGGGUGGCAGAUGCUUUUGAUAGUGAGCCCCAAGACACAUCCUGAGCAUUUUUUCUGUGGGAGUUAUGGUGGAAAGUUUGGCCCCCCCAAGGUUCAAGUACAGUCCAUGGGGAUUGCUUUCAUAUUGUGUGAGACUUUACCAAGACGUCACAAGGGUCUGCUUUAAGGGAUUUCACUGUGCUUUCACAACUUCCUCAUGUAUAUAUGUAUUCUUUGUGUGUCGUAUAUACCUGUGUUCUGUCUUCAUGUUAACCUUUUCACUCUUAUGCAAAACAAAUCUUGUGCACAGUUUACCAUGUAUGUCAAAAAAAUCUGUUUUUCUUGGGAGUUUUAAGUAAUUUUUUAGAGAACAUUCUAUGCACACUUACUACUGUAUCUGCUGUGUUCCACUUUGUUGUGACAUGUGCACGAGUGUGUGUAAAUCCUACUUUAUCCAGUCUAAAUUGUGCAGAUUCACCUAAAAUGAACAUAAAUGGGGAAGAAGUAAAGGUUUUUAUUUUAUUAAAAUUGACCUGCUUGCAAUAAAUGAUUAAAAGAUCUGUGGCAGGUUUCCGUCAGUGAUGAGAAAGAUGGCUGACCAUAAGCCAUCAGGAAGACCUCAUUACUAAUGACAGUACGGGCGUACAUUCAGAAAGGGAGAAUAAUGGGUGGAGACACAGCUUUCUGUGCUCCCCGUCACCCCAGAAACGCUCCCCGCUCUCUGCCGACUGGCUCGGUUCAGUGAGUCGCUGUUGGAGCACAGCUGUUCAGCUUAAGGCACCGACUGUUCCGCUCAGCUGAUUGGAUUAAAAUUACAGGCACUUUGAGGUCAACUGCCUGAAGGAAUACUAUUUUGUAAUAAGAUAUAAACAUU